AUUUCCACGAUAUGUAUUGCUUCCAACACCAACCGUCAACAAAAUUACAUGUCAACGCCACCACCAUGCUCCGACUACGCCUCGCCGACGUCCGCGGCGGAGACAGCUGAUAGACGUUCUCCGACGAGGAAGCAAUGUUGCGUGCACUGAUUUCAAUACACCGGCACAGUUUGGAGCCCUGUUAAGCUAAUUCCACGCCACCAUGUCAAGGUUUGUUUGUGGAAAUGUUAGAAGGUUUGUGCGUUCUUCUGGUCAGAAACAUGGCUUUGAUGUAUUUAAUUUUGAGUCGCAUCAUCCAAGAUGCUCCGCUUACUCAACAUGCCAAUUUUUCUCAUCCUACAGUAAACUUGUACACAAAGGACAAACUCCACUCAUGUACCUUUUCAAAUUAAAGUAUAAUAACAUCAAUCUAAUUAGCAAAGGGAGAAACAUCUAUUACCUCCCUGCAAAUAGUGCAAACUACCACCAUCCUCAAAUUAUUUGGAGCAGGAUUUCUCAAAUGUGUUUCCCACCAAUUCCACCACCAAUAGGUCAGAUUGCCCGUGCAGUUAGUUUGGCAUUGGCUCGAUCGAAUAUUCUUAUUCCUGGUUUCAUUGCAUUCGUAAUAGAGGAGCUUGCUUGGACACAACAAUCAUGGGCUGAAGCAGAAUCCUUCCCAAAUAGAGAUUCAUUUUACAUACAUGCACUAGAUGGACGUAUAUAUCUAACUUCAGCUAUCUUAGAAGCUCUCGAGAUUGUUAUCUUGUUUAUCAGGGCUAUCUAUUUAAUAGUUUUAUUCUUCCCCUGCAUAGCUAUGGCUCCUUUAGUGAACCAUUUUGGUGAUCAGUUUAGGAAAACAUGGAUUCAUGUUGUUCGCCUUACACUUGAAAAGGCCGGGCCAGCAUUUAUUAAAUGGGGUCAAUGGGCUGCAACCAGACCAGAUCUCUUCCCUAGGGAUCUCUGUGGAGAACUUUCAGAAUUUCACACCAAAGCACCAUCACACAAAUUUGCUUAUAGCAGAGCAUGUGUUGAAAAUGCAUUUGGGCGCAAGUUGACGGAAAUAUUUGAAAAUUUUGAUGAGGAACCAGUAGCAUCAGGUAGCAUUGCUCAAGUUCAUCGAGCUACUCUAAAAUACAAAUACCCAGGCCAGCAAAUGAAACCUCUUGUCGUGGCAGUGAAGGUCCGACAUCCAGGGGUUGCUGAUGCGAUUAGAAGGGAUUUCAUCAUCAUCAAUAUAAUUGCUAAGAUUUCAUGUUUAUUCCCUAAUUUGAAGUGGUUGAGAUUAGAUGAAAGUGUGCAACAAUUUGCUGUUUAUAUGAUGUCUCAGGUUGAUCUUUCAAGGGAAGCAGCACAUCUUAGUCGUUUUAUCUAUAAUUUCCGCCGAUGGAAAGAUGUUUCGUUCCCAAUGCCUCUAUACCCCCUAGUGCACCCAUCUGUUUUGGUGGAAACCUAUGAACAAGGUGAAAGUGUUUUGCACUAUGUUCACGAGCUUAAAGGCCAGGAGCAUAUCAAAAGUGCCCUAGCUCAUAUUGGAACACAUGCUCUUUUAAAGAUGCUUUUGGUGGAUAAUUUUAUUCAUGCUGACAUGCAUCCAGGAAAUAUUCUUGUCCGUGUUGCAAAAAGCAAACUAUCACCUAUAGGACUCUUUAAGUCAAGGCCCCAUGUCAUUUUCCUUGAUGUAGGCCUUACUACUGAACUUUCUAAAAUGGAGCGGGAAAAUUUACUGAAAUUUUUUAAGGCUGUUGCUCUUCAAGAUGGCCGCAGUGCUGCGGAAUCUACUCUUAGGUUAUCAAGACGACAAAAUUGUCCAGACCCCAUAUCUUUCACUGAGGUUCUAUCAACUAGUAUUGGAGCUUUCGAUCCUAGUACCCCUAUACCGGAUUUGAACCAGAUGAAUUCUAAGAGUGAGAGAGAGUGCCAGUAACCUGAAGUGGAACAAGCUUCCCAGAUUUGACACACAUUGUCAUACUUAUAGAUGUGCAAUCUAGGUCAAGCAAAUCAUAUAUGAUCAAAGAACUCCUAAAUUAGAGAAGCUAUACCAAGGGUAGUAGAACCCCAAUGCUCAGGACAGUCUUUCUCUAUGUUUGUUUAUUUUCAUAUUGUAUACAUGAUUGAAAGGCUUCGUUCUCAAUUGGAAUCUUGGCCUCAGUAAUUUACAUCAGUCUAAUUUCUAUUUUCUCUAGCAAAUAUAAGCUUUUAUCAUACUUAGGAAAAGAAAUUAAAACUUUUUUUAUUGGUGGCGAUUGCUCGUGACAGUGAUUCUAGUAUGCUUCCAAUAUACAAAUGAUUUGUGUCAUCUUUCUGACAACGGUGAAAGACUGCUUUUUAUGGGCAUUCUUGAUCUCUUGUAUCUUAGUUAACGGUUAGCUGACACGUGUUAAGAGAGUUGUUUCCAAUUGACAUAUACCAAAUUAUUACUGAAUCUGCCUAUACUUU